AUGGGGUCGUCACCAGAGAUGGAGAGGUUUGGUCUGUCUGAUGUGGAAUAUUCGUUCAUGAUGGAUCCUUUAAAGCGACGAUCGAAACAAUCAAAGAAACAAACUACAUACGGGAUUUUCGCCUCAGAUGAUUCAGAUUCAGAGCAUGAAAGAAGUGGCUUCGGUGGACGUGAAGCUGGUUUCAAGCGUAAGGGUGCCAAUUAUUCAGCACCGAUCACCUUUGUCAGUGGUGGAGUGAAGGCAGGUGCCGGUAGUUCCUCUGGUCCGAAAGAAAACAACGAAGAAGCUGACCAGAUUUCGGAUGAUGAAGACGACAAAUCUGUUCUAAGGAGUUUGCAUCCUUAUCAUGAUUCAGAUUCUGACUCACCAAAUUCAGAUGUCUAUCGUAAACCUGACAAGCCUGCGAGUAUAUCUGUUGGGGCCAGUCGACGUGUGGCAGCAGCCGCUGCAGCGGCGAAGUCAGCGACUUCUGGUUUCGGAGCUUGGGAAAGGCACACAAAAGGUAUUGGAAUGAAACUUUUGGAGCAGAUGGGUUACGAACCGGGCAAGGGUCUUGGCUCUGACGGUCGGGGUAUUGUUACCCCGGUUCAAGCUGUCCAGCGAGUGGGGAAAGUAUCAGUAGGAUAUUAUGGAUCUGAAAAAGCUCCUGCUCCUCGUCGAGGAAAUGAGACUGUCCCUGAGGAUUCAGACUCUGUCGGGCCACGUUACAAAAAGAGGCCUGGGUUACAGCGCAGUCAAGCAUCAAAGCCUAUACAGGAGUAUAAAACUGCUGAGGAAUUAGUCGCAGAUCUUUGUCCUGCAACCCCUGCUACAGCUGUCAGGCGAUAUGGGAUUUUCUUAGAGAACAGUGAAUUGUCCAAAGUAAAGGUUAUCGAUAUGACAAGUAAAGAGCAAAAGGUAUACUCUGGUUAUGAAGCUGCUUUAUCUCGUGUUGUGCAAAGGCGCCGGAAACCGGGAGAUAAUUCUACUCUGUCAGAUGAAGAAGAUCCAGAUGUUGAUGGUAAACGAAUCGAAAAAAGGUUGGAAGGGAAUUUUUUUGAUUGUCCUGCUCUGCGACACAAUUUCGCUCUGAUAAUGCGGUCUGCUGAAGAUAAAAUUAAGAGGUUUGAUCGGGCUGCUAGAUUCGAGGAAGAUCGCGCAGUUGGUUUAGAACAUGAAAUCGAAAAAUUAACUGAGAUAGUUAACGGAGAAGAAUCUGAAGUGAAUCAACUCAAUAAAGCUUUAAUUUUAAUAAAGAAGUUUGAGGAUGAAUUUACAUUUCAUUCAGGCUGUGAUACGAACUUAACCUCGGAAGUUAUCUCGUCUUGGGUGUCACUUAUACGUGAGGAAUGUGCUAACUUAGUAGAAAUGCCUGUUCUCAUAGCGUCAAUCGCCCGCCCAAUGUUGGAUAAUUCACUUGCUAAAUGGAAUCCUCUUAAGGAACCUACAUUCUGUCUCGAUUUGUUGGGACACUGGAGAGAUUUCUUCCAAAAUUCUUGUGCAUUUGAUGUUAUACUUGAAACAAGCUGGUUGAGCGCUAUACGCCGCACUAUUGUUAACGAAUGGAAUCCUCGGGACUGCGAACCUCUCUUGGAUGUUCUCGAAGCCUGGCAACCUUUGUUACCGGAUGAUAUGUUGCAGCGCAAAAUACUCGACCAGCUGAUUCUUCCAAAAUUACAGGAUGCUGUUUCUUCAUGGAAUCCGUUAACUGAUACAGUACCUGUUCACACUUGGUUGCAUCCGUGGCUACCUUGGUUUGGAGGAGUCGAACGUCUCUCAUGUUUACAUGAUAUGGUUCUCCAGAAGUUAGGAAGCUGCCUUACUAACUGGCAUCCUAGUGAUGCAUCUGCCCGCUCAGUCCUAAUGCCUUGGCGAACCAUUUUCCCGGUCACGUCCAUGGCAGCUUUUUUAAGUCGCCAUGUAGUGCCGAAACUUGCUUUAGCGUUACAACAGUUUCAACUUAAUCCCGCUAAGCAAAACAUGGAUCCGUGGAACUGGGUAAUGCGUUGGGCAGACCUGAUUGGCCCAGCUGUACUUGUAAACCUACUUGAACAUCAUUUCUGGUCACGUUGGCUGUCAGUCCUUUCAAGCUGGCUGAAUCAGGGGGUGGAAGCUAGGCAACGAGGAGACCACGUAGCUGCCGGUCAAGUUUAUCAAGAAGUUGGACGUUGGUAUGCUGGUUGGAAAGGUCAGUUACCUCCUGAGUGUAUGGAAUAUGCAAGUGUCAAAGACGCUUUGACAAAAGCUUUGGCAAUGAUGGAACGGUCAAUGAGAGGGUUACCGCCUCAAGAACCUCAGAUCUCAAAGCAAAGUCAGUCAGAUGUGUCAAGGUUUCCUGCUGGCUCAUCAUGCGUACUUCCACCAGCUUUUGGAUCAACACCUUUGGUUGCUCCUCCUCCAACAACACUACGUAAACAAGUUGAACAAGUAGCAGCGCAGCGCGGUUUCCUGUUCCAUCCUAUUUCAAACCGGAUGUUUGAAGGUCAACAAGUAUAUAGACUCGAAUCACUACAAGUGUUUUUCGACCGCAACGUCAGUUAUGUGUACAAUCCCAGUGAUGGUGGCUGGCUUCCUGUUACAUUUGCUGAGUUGAUGACCCGUGCUCAGUAUUAA